UCUAAAGUUUCAAUAUUUAACCAACGAGAAUAUCCCCGCCUAAAACAUUGUCAAGCAAACUGCCGAUGGCAAUUUCAGGCUUCGAGAAUUUUGAACCGAUAUUUGGCGAACCGAAAACCGAGUUUCUGAAUCCGGUCUCGGAUCUACCGCCUCGCUUCUUGUUCCACCUUUUCCCUUCUGAUCAUUUUCACCUCACGCUUCAUGUCACCGAUUUCCGCUUCCAUACUUGGGAGGCCGUACGAUCUGUUUCGCAGCUUGAAGACAUGAGGGACGCCAUUGGAAUAGGGGGCUCGUGGUCUGAGUUCGUUGACUAUAUGGUAGCUUCUAUUGAAUCCGAGGAGGUGAAGCUCGUUAUAGAGGGAAAUUUAGACUCUAAUGUUUCAGGUGCUACUUUUGCGAAAUUAGUCGCUCAGAAGGCGAAAGGAAUGCCUCGUAUGUCAUUCCCUCUCAGAAGAAUAGAUGACUCUGCUGCUGCUGCUGAGGCAAUGGCAAAGCUAUCUAUGCAGCUUUUUGAAGCAUUCAAAAGGACACAACAUUUACUUUUACAAGAGAAGGAACACUCCUUGCAGUUGACAAAAAUGCUGUCAGCUGAAAAGGAAAAGUAUGAAGGUGUACAGAGUCAGUUGGAGCUGCAGUUGGAGCUUCAUAUGAGAAAGAAAAAAUUGCAAAAGAUCAAUUCCUUGGACAAAUUGGAUGCAUCUGCUUCUCCAGUGAGCAAUGCCCAAAAUUCUCCAGACAAGCAUGCUGCUAAAGAAAUGGGUUCAACAAGAGUUGCUAAUCGUAUCGUACCUGCACAUCGCCGGACAAGAACAAGAGGUGUCGUUCUACAGGAUUCUGGAGAUGAAGAAGAUAACUAGAAACCUUAGUUAACUUGACAGUUUGGUGAAAGAAGUUUUGACAUCAGCUCUCAGUUUUUACAAUAUGAAUUUUCAUUUUUAUCUACAGAAGGGCAUGUAAAGAAAGCAAGAUGGUGUAAAGUAUUUGAACAUUUUCCUGACAACUGAUGCAAGUCCCUGUUCUUUUAGUCAGAUAAUAAAAAGCUUUAGGAUCUUGGAUAUAU